AUGUCGCAAACCGGUAAGCCAUUCGACUGGAGCUUCGAUCCAGAAACCGAAGAUCAAAUCAUCCCCAUAAAAGGCCGAAAAAUCUUCUUCUUCAUCGCAGUCUUCUCCAUCAUCCUCCUCUUCACCGCCAUCUUCCUCUGCGCGCGAUGGAUCUUCCGCAACCGCGCAAUUCUCACACCAAACGUCACUCCAUUACAGACAUUACCAUACUCUUCAUCUUCACCGUCAGAAGGACUCGACGCCGACGCGAUCAAGAAGCUUCCUAUCAUAUUACAUCAAUCCGAUUCUUCCAACCGCGCGGUGGAAGAAACCGAGUGCUGUAUUUGUUUAAGCGCGUUUAGAGAUGGCGAGAAGGUGAAACUGUUGCCGGUAUGUAAUCACUGUUUUCACUGUGAGUGUGUUGACUCGUGGCUCGUCAAUCGUUCGAGUUGUCCUUUGUGUAGAGCUUCGCUUAUAACUGAUUCAUCUUUUCCAAAGAUUUUGAUUCAAGAACCACCGAUAUAUAAUUAUCCAAUCUGA